ACCCCCCUCCCCAACACAAUACAAUUACUGUAUGCAACAAAUCAUGUGAUCUGUUCCUUUCUCGAAUCCGCAUGCAUGCAACAAACUUUAGUGCAGCGAAUAAGUUAUAUACGACGACCCCACCUUAUGAUCUGACUCUUUCUUAAAUUCAUAUACAUGCAAGGAGCUUUAGUGCAGCGGACCAGUUACAUCAUAGUAACACCACCACCUUCCAAGAGACAACACAACCAAACAAACAAAACAAUAAAUUCUAUCCAACAACACACGAGGAAGUUAAAUCAAACGUGGUCCUCCUCUUCUUCUUCAUCUUCAUCAUCACUAUCUCCCCCACCGCGUAGUCCAACACACGGCCUGUUGACCUCCCUUUUAACACUCUCACUCUUCACUACUCCCCCCCCCCCCCCCAACAUAUAUAUAUAUAGCCGCCAAUUCCAAAUUCUAACAAUUACCCACAUCCUAAUUCACAAACCCCACCUCAAAUCCACAAAAAUCUUGAAAAAAGAAAUGGUGAAAAAUGGUAAGAAUUCAUCGUCGUCGUCGUCAAUGAGUUCGAUGUACAGGGGAGUAAGAAAGAGGAAAUGGGGGAAAUGGGUGUCGGAAAUUAGAUUACCAAAUAGUAGAGAAAGAAUAUGGUUAGGAUCAUAUGAUACACCUGAAAAAGCUGCUAGGGCUUUUGAUGCUGCACUUUUUUGUUUAAGGGGUAGUAAUGCUAAUUUUAACUUCCCCAAUUCUCCGCCGGAGAUCGUUGACGGUAGGUUGAUGACUCCGGCGGAGAUUCAGGUCGCUGCGGCAAGGUUCGCUAAUCGGGCCGGGCCUGAGGAGGAGGGGGGAGAGAACCGGGCCGGGCUGAGGGAAAAUGGCAUGUCUGAUCGAUCAUCAUCAGACACUGAGGAUAUGUCUUUACAGUCCGAAUCACCGGAGAGUGAAAAGACAGAAAUGACCUCGGCCUGGGCCCGGUUAGUGAAUAAUGAUAAUUUAGAGAAUUGGGCCAGGCUGAGGGAGAGCCCGAAUUUUUAUCCUUCGUCGUCGUCUUCGGAUGUGUUUGUACGGGCCGAAUCACCUUGUGUAGAAAGUGAAAAGACAGAAAUGACCUCGGCCAGAUUAGGAAAUAAUGAUUUAGAGAACCUGGCCGGGCCAAGCGAGAAUUUUUAUCCACCUGAUAUGUUCUAUCGGGCUGAAUCGUCUUCGGUAUCGUUAUCUAAUAGAAUGGGAAGUAAAAAGACUGAAAUGACCUUGACUCGAUUUGCAAAUAAUGGUUUGGAGAAUCGGGCCGGGCCGACGGAGAACCCUUAUUUGUAUCCGUGGUCAUCGUCUUCGAAUAUGUAUUUACAGGCCGAAUCGCCUUCGGUAUCAUUAUCUAAUAGAGUGGAAAGUGAAAAGACAGAAAUGACCUUGGACCGGGCCGGGCCAAGGGAGAACCCUUAUUUGUAUCCUUCAUCGUCGUCAUCGGACAUGUUUUUACGGGCCGAAUCGCCUUCCCUGUCGGUAUCCAACAUAGUGGAAAGUGAAAAGACGGAAAUGACCCUGGACAAUGGAUUUAUGGACAUGUUUUCGUCGUUAGGGACGGUUAACGAUAUGUCUAAUUUCGGAAUUUUCCCAGGUUUUGAUGAUUUAUCUGGUGAAUUUUUUGUACCACCAGAACAACAAAUGCCUAAUUUGGAAUCAUCAGAAGAACAAGAAAUUAAUUAUUUGGAUUAUGAUGGAUUUAAUUCACAAGGAUCUUCAUUUCUUUGGAACUUUUAAAGGGUAAAAAUGUCAUUAUAUAUAUCCAUAAUGGUUAAUAUAGAGUUUAUAAAAUUAGGAAAAAGUUUAAGAUAUUAGUGAUAAUUAUUAGAGGAAAUUAUUUGAAUUUAGUUGGUUUUGUAGACAAUUCUAGACAUUUUUUGGUUGCUAGAAUUGCUAUAACAUAUGGAAUUUUUUGUACUUAAAAGGAUGUAAUUUUUAGUAAUUUUAUUGGUUUACUAUAAGGUCCAUAUGUUGUUUUUGUUCAUCAAAUAAUGUGACGGAAUGAAUGAGAUUUGUUCGAUUCUAGUUA